CCGACUUUCUUGUUUGUAAAUUGUUUUGAAAUGUUUCGAAAGUUUUAAGGAAGUAGAUAUAUUUUGUAAUUUUUAAUGUAUAUCUUUUAUUAAUUUUGUCAUUUAAUAAGAACCCUGUGAUAAUUUUAGUGUAAUAUAUAUUAUUAUUGAAUAAACCUUAACAGUUAAGUUGAUUGGCUUAUUAGAAUUACAAAUGCUACUGAACUUUAAUUUUUGAUGCUUGUUUCUUUUUAACAAACAUAAUUCGUUGUGUAUAGACUAAAUUAUCAUGGGAAGCAAAAAGCACAAAAAGCAUCAUAAAUCGGAGAAGAAGGAAAUAUCAUUAGAUGAUCAAGCUCCAAAACAAAAAUUAUUAUUUAAGAAAGUUGGCAGAUGUAGUGAGUAUGAAAUAUCUUCACCGAGUGCCGAUUCUUCACCUCCAGAUAAUUUAUAUCGGCAAGAGAAACCAUUGAAAUUAGUGCUAAAGGUUGGAGGAAGUGUCCAAUCUCCAGUUCAUGCAUCCAAUUCUAAUUCUUCUUCUUCCCAGAUUCCUCGCAUUCCACAAGAUAUUAAACCUGUGUUUGAAGAGACUAAGAUUGUUGAGAAGAGUUCUAGUCAUUCUCAUGAAAAACAUAAGAAAUCCAAGAAGAAGAAGAAAAAGAAAUCAACUGAUAAAGACAAGGAGCGCCAUGAACGAAAAAGAAAGCAUCAUCACCACCACCACCAUCAUAGAGAACAUUCUCAUGAAAGAAAAGAAAAGCGACGAAAGGAGCAAGAAUCAAGUCGUUUGUUACCAGAAAGUCAUGAUUCUCGGGAUUCUCUUCCAGUUCGUCCAGUUUCUGAACCACAUCCUAUUAUUCCUCUUGAGAAACAAACACGGGAUGUCAGAACUUGUACACUUAAGAAAAAGACUAUGAAGACACCUCUACAGAUUCUUCUUAGUUUCUUGGUGAAAAAAUUACAAGCGAAGGAUCCUAAUGACUUUUUUGCUUGGCCUGUGACAGAUGCUAUUGCUCCUGGAUAUUCUAGUAUUAUAAGCAACCCUAUGGACUUCAGCACUAUUACCAAGAAAAUAGAUGAUAGAGAUUAUAAAUCGUUGUCAGAAUUCAAGAGUGAUAUGAAAUUAAUGUGUGACAAUGCUACUACAUACAAUCGACCAGACACCAUUUACUAUAAAUCAGCUCGGCGACUAUGGCAUGCUACCAUGAAAUUGAUGCAUCGGGAACAACUGGUAAGCUUGAAACGCAGUUUUCCAUAUAUGCUGGAUCUAAGCGUCGAAGAGUUGGGUUUCAAUAUUAAUGAUGAAAGUGAAGAGUCACUACCUGGCACUGAGACAUCUACUGAACCUGGUGUUAUUCCACAACCUGAAGCAAAGAAAUCAAAAGUUCCACCAUGCUGGAGUUCUGCUGAACCUGAUGAAGAUGAUGACGACAUGAGCCCUGAAGAAAUCUUGCAAAUUGCUCAAAAAGCAGCAAAGGCGGCUGCUGACCGCUUAACCUUGAAAAAACCAAAUACUAAGAUUGGAUUCUUGCGUCAAAGUGAUAAUGGCACUACAACUUUGGCAAUAAUACAUCCUAAAGCAGGUGACAAAGAUGUGAAAGUUAAUCUUGAAAUGCUUGCAGGGAAGGUAACCCAAGGCACUGGUACAAUAGCUGGCUUCAAAGAAGACCCUAAAAACUUUGUUAAACCAAUUCAGUAUAAUAAUUAUGGAUCCUACAGCUCUUAUGCUCCCCAUUAUGAUUCCACAUUUUCCAAUUUAAGUAAAGAAGAUACUGAUCUUGUACUUGCUACUUACGGAGAUGAAACGGGAGUGCAAUAUGCGGAAAGUCUUUUGAGUUUUGUUAAAGACAAUGAUUACAUGAUUCAUAUGGUUGAUGAGAUGCUGGAUAGCUUAACAAAUGGAGAACAUUCUAGAACAACUAAGGUAUUGGAAGAAAGACGAGCCAUGCGUGAAGAAGAAACUCAGGCAAGGAAGGCUUUGAAACCUUUAAAUGAGAAUGAAAUAAAUAAAUCCUCUCCUCCUCCACCACUUCAACCAGAACAGAUGAACUCUUUUGAUGAUAUAGAUAUGGAAUUGUCAUGCUUAGAAAAUACUGAUAAUGAAAACAAAAAGAUUGAAAAUGAAGAAAAGAACUCAUUGGAGAAAAGAAAAGAAAUCCUUUACAAAAGAAGAACAUUCCAGAUGAAACUGGAUAACACAACACAGAUGCUGAAUGAGCUUAAGAAAGCCCAGAACGAACGACUCAGCUCUAAUCCUCCUCCUCACUUGGCACUCAUCAGACCACCAUCCACAAUAGAGAAUGAAUUAGCUGAAAAGGUUAGCAAGAAGCUGCUGGAUGUGACUUCACAGUUGCCACCAGAAAGUGUUGUCAGUGUGAAAGGUUUACGGAAGGCUAUGGGAAUUACAUAUCAACCAACCUCAGUGGUUACAUCAUCUACAAUUCUUAAAAAUCCUAAGAAAGCGGUUCCUGUAGACAUUGAUUCAGAACCAAUGGAUACUUCUUUGUCAAGAGAUGAUAGCAUUCAAUCUCCUUCCGAUAUCUCUAGUGAUUCCAGAAUUCAUCAUCAUCAAGAAAUGGACACAGAGCUUCGUGAAUUUUUGGCAACUGGUCAAGGUCUCAGAGUGUGUUCAUCUCCAUCUGAAGCAUGAAAUUUUGGUAACAAAAUUUACCAUUGGCCAAAGGGAGAUUUAUUUGUCUAGAAUUGAGCAUCAAUAAUCCAGUGCCAUCCUUAUGUUUCUUUCUUUGUGAAUGUACCUUUUUGAACAUGUUUAUGAUAAAUAUAUUUAAUUGCACCUUUGAUUAAAUUAUUUAUUAAGUAAAAUGCCAUAGUUAAAACCUAUAGUUUUAAUCCAUAUAGUAUAUUCUGUUGGUCCAUUCAUUUUCUAAAUGAUUAUCCACUUUUUAUUAUUUUCAUGAAAUGGAACUUCAUGUAUACACAGAGAUGAACUGUAUAGAUAUCUCAUAAAUUUCAUAGGUUUAAAAAAUAAAAAUGUUGAUCAAUUUAAAAACAGUUAAUCAUAUGACAUAAUUUAGAUCAAGUUUUUUUUUUUUUUUCUUUUUUCUUUUGGCAUUUAUGAUACCUUUUAGAAUAGAGGAGAGGAAAAGCUUUCAUGAACAACUUUCUUUCUCAACUCAAAAAUUGGAAAAUGAAUCUAUCUAUUGAGCAUUGAUUAAUGCAGAUUAAAAAGAAAUUGUUGUUUUGAAAGUUCCUGUGAAAAAUUCACAAAAGUGGUAUUUUUCUGAGCAACCUCCAGUUUAAAAAGUGUUGAUGUAAAUAUGUUUCUAAAUAUAUUUUUCAUAAUUAUUUGUUGAAAAUAAUUACUUUUGCCUUAUUUUGUUUAUUAAUAGUAUUAGUCGCUUGUUAGAAAAGAUUAAAUUUCUUUAUAAAUGUAUGUUUUAAUCUUACUAACAGCAAGCUACAUUAUAAAAAAAAUUUACAAAAUUUUGUUAGAAGAUGGUGAGAUUCUCUUAUUAGUAAAUUACAUGUUGAAGUCAAAUGUGUUUGCUUAAAGCCCAUAUUUGAGUUGACUAACUCCGAUGGUGUGAAGUAAAAACCUAUUUUUAAAAUUGCCAAUAAAACUUUUUAUUCCAGGUACUAGUAUUAUUCCUUGGUUAACAAUGAUGUCUUUGCAAAUUUUGAGAAAAAAUAUUAUGCCCUUAGGAAAAAAAAAAAAGUUUCAGUUUUUAUUUUGAUGAUUUUUGAGCAACACUGUUUUUAUGAUUAGUUUAAUCCUAUAUUAGUGGAAAUCAGUGAUUAAUCUUAAAGUGCACUGUACAGUCACAUCAUCAGAUCCUUGAAAUGUCACCUACUAUUAAACUAUUUGCUGUGAAGAAGAAUUAAGUUUCUAUUUUGUGGGGUUGCAGUUAAAAUUUUACAGAUUGCUACAUUUGGUAAGUUAUUGCUCGAAAAGAAUUAAAUCUUACUGUACUGUUUAUCUAUUAUACAUUCUUAAUAAUAGAGGUUUAAGGAAAUGGCAUAAAUUUUUCUGAGAACUUUUCUGUAAUUUUUGAAUGCAGGUAGUGAAUGUUGAAUUACAUCACUAUUUGAGGAAACUCAAAAUAUCUAUGUUAGUAAAAUUUCUACUUGGUUAGUAAUUCUUGUGGUGCAAGACCUUAACCUGUCAAUAAACAAUGUCAGAUUCACAAAAUUGUUUUUAUAUUAAAAUAUUGAUAAACAGCCAAUUUACUGUGAUGUAUUUUUUAUUUAUUAUAUUUUUAACCUAUUAGUUUUCUUUGAAAUGAUGGUCUCUGUAUAUAUUUUGUAAUUGAUAUUGUUCUGGACAAUCCACAUAAUAAAUGGUAUUUUGUUUUAUUUACUAAUAAUUUUUGUGUUCUAUCUGUCAGAACUUUUAGACAACAAAUGUGAUGAAACUAAAUAGGAUUGAUGUGUCAUCAUUUAUGUUCUACUUGAGAGCCUACUUAUGCUCUACUUAAUGCUUUUGAUCUAUGGUAAUCAAUGAGUCUGAAUUCUUAUUUGAAAUAGAUCAUUAUUCAUUUUUAAAAAUUAUUAUAUUAUCCUUUUCAUACAAGUCUUUAGUUUUUCGAAUUUGCAAAUAUGAUUGCAAGUUUAUUCAAUAUUUAGAUGAAUAUACUAACUUGAUUUUUUCAAAACUUUUCUCUUGAAUCUAAUUACAUUGAGAAUCAAGUAGAAGCUUCAUAUUCA